AUGUGUGCAGCGGUGGCGACAGCAUCAGCACGGGGUUACGGGUUUGCAAUCGAUCGGGGUGGUACGUUCACGGAUGUGUAUGUUCGCAGGCCGGAUGGGACGUCGCGUUCGCUGAAGCUGCUUUCGGAGGAUGAGACGAGCUAUCGUGAUGCGCCCACAGAAGCGAUUCGGCGAGUGCUGGAGCAGGAGACCGGUGCUUGCAUUCCGCGUGGUACACCAAUUCCAACAGAAAAUAUUGCAUGGAUUAGGAUGGGAACAACGCUGGCAACAAAUGCACUGUUGGAGCGUAAAGGUGAAAGGACCGCUUUGCUGAUCACUAAAGGAUUCAAAGAUCUGCUUUUCAUUGGGAGCCAGGCGCGUCCACAGAUAUUUGAUUUGGACAUAAAAUUGCCUGAUAUGCUGUAUGAAGAAGUGCACGAAGUUGAUGAGCGUGUUGUGCUGGUCAGUGAAACCUGUGAACUGACACUGAACCAGAUGUCCAGGGAUCAGACAUGCAGUGAUGAACAGGUGAUUGUGGAAAAAGACGUGGACCAGGAAGCGGUCGAGAAGCUACUGAGGGAAAUCAUAAAACGAGGCAUGCGUUCGCUGGCUGUUGCUUUGCUGCAUUCUUAUAAGUACCCUAAUCACGAAAUGAUUAUUGGUGAAAUUGCCAAAAAGAUCGGUUUUGUGAAUAUUUCACUUUCGAGCGUUGUAAUGCCGAUGAUUAAGAUUGUUCCACGGGGCUUCACAGGUACUGAUUUCUCACUGACCUCAACUUUUGUUCUUCUUCGAGAUUACAGUGAUCCGGAGGACUACAUCAGGAAUUUCAAGCUGGGUUUUGCCGAUUCCUUGAAGAACGUUAACGUUCAGUUUAUGCAGAGUGACGGUGGCUUAUGUCCGGUCGAAAGAUUUUGUGGAUCGCGAGCAAUCCUUUCGGGCCCGGCUGCUGGGGUUGUUGGCCUAGCACUGACAGCUUAUUCCACGAAAACAAAGCAACCAGUUAUUGGUUUUGAUAUGGGUGGCACUUCUACUGAUGUAAGUAGCUAA